AGUAUCACCUUCUUACCCCAGAGGGUCCUGGUGACAUCACAUCCUCCCCAAAGAGCGGCACAGCCUCCCAAACCAAGUGACAAAGAUCAUCUGAGCUGCGCUGCAGCGGCCCCAGGGACGGACGGACACCCCAGCAGAAGAUGGASAGCUCUCCUGCCCUGCUCCUGCUGCUCGCCCUGGGGCUCUGCUGCCCUGGGAUCCAUGGCCRGCCCCUGAUGAGGGUCAGGUCACACAACGACAUCACCCAGCUCCGGGUGGGACACAGGCUGCAGCUGGAGUGUCACACAGACAGGGACAGUGGCACAUUUUGGWUCCGCCAGGACAAGAGUGGRACCCUCCACUUCAUYGUCUUCAUCUCUUCCUUGUCCCGGACCACAUUCAGGGAUCACAGUUCAUCCUCUCGCUUUGAGGCAAGAAAAGAAAGCCAGAUCUAUCAUUUGGUAGUGAAAUCUUUCACAGCGCAGGAUGAAGGGAAAUAUUUGUGCCUCAUGAACUUCAACCAAAGGCUGUUCUUCAGCAAUGGGCUGCCUCUCUUCCUUCCAGCCACCCCYACAGUGGCACCCACCACCCCCAGAUCCACCCCAAAGGGGGGCACAACUGAGGACCCCAACCCCAAAACUCCAGAUCCAGGGACAAGAAUGCAAGAGGAGAUGAAUUUCUUGUGUCACACUUUGAUCUGGAUCCCCUUGGCAGGCGCCUGCCUCCUGCUCCUCAUCGCCCUGGUGAUCACCACCGUGCUGUGCCAACAAACCAGAAAACGAAGGUGCARGUCCACCACUGCAGGACCCUCCACACCAGGACCCACCCCGCACGGUGCCAUCACUGAGAACGACUCCUGUCUGACGACGCCAAAUCCAGAUAUCCUGGAUGCAGAGAGAACACAGGAAGACCUGAAUUACUUCUGUCUUGCCUUCCUCUGGAUCCCCUUGACAGGCCUCUGCCUCCUGCUCCUGCAGCUCCUGGCCACCACCAUCGUGCUGCGCCGACGUAGGACUACAACCCCCUCUAGAUGA